UAUUCACCCAGGGGCCCCACAACUUCUAGCUACGCCCCUGUAAUUGCUGAAGUUUUAAAUAGGACAGAGGGACUUUAUUUCAUUUGUUUUUCAAAUUGUACCAGCCCCUGACCCACCGGCAGGCCACGCACUUGUCCCUUCAGACAGAGGAUCGAGUAGAUGGAUGGAUGACCCCCUCCCUCGCAGCCCCAGCUGUCGGCUCCCCUCCCCGACUUCCCCACCCUGCCGGUGCCAUGGCGUCCAGCGAGGAGGACGGCACGGUUGAGGAGAAGGAAAACAACAACAAGAAGCGGACGAAAAGCGCCGUCGCCACCGCAUGGCUCACCUUCUACAACAUCGCCAUGACCGCCGGGUGGCUGGUUCUGGCCAUUGCAAUGAUGCGCUUCUACAUCCAGAGAGGCACACACAAGGGUCUGUACAGAAGUAUAGCGAGGACACUCAAGUUCUUCCAGACCUUUGCAUUAGUUGAGGUGGGACACUGUGCCAUCGGAAUCGUGAGGACUUCUGUGAUUGUAACCGGGGUUCAAGUGUGUUCACGGAUUUUCAUGGUUUGGUUCAUCACCAACAGCAUCAGACAGAUCCAGAAUGAAGAAAGCGUAAUCCUAUUCCUGGUUGUGUGGACGGUGACGGAGAUCACCAGAUAUUCCUACUACACAUUCAACCUGCUCCACCACCUGCCGUACUUCAUCAAAUGGGCCAGAUACAACCUCUUCAUCGUCCUGUACCCGCUGGGAGUCGUCGGAGAACUGUUCACCAUUUACGCUGCUCUGCCGUUCGUACGCAGAUCUGGGAUGUACUCCAUGAGGCUUCCCAACAAGUAUAAUGUGUCGUUUGACUACUACUACUGCCUCAUCAUCGUCAUGCUGUCCUACAUCCCAUUGUUUCCUCAGCUCUUCUUCCACAUGCUGCGGCAGAGGAGAAGGAUGCUUCACGGGGAGGUCAUUGUGGAGAAGGACGACUAG